AAAACUAUUAAUGAAAUUUACCUAAAAAAAAUCAAAACAUUUAAAACAAUAGAGAAAAAAGAGAAUUAAGAGAAUGAGAGAGACAGAGAGGUGUUCACACAUUCAAUUCUUUAUUACUCAUGAUCACACCUCUCUCUCUUUCCCUCAUUCCAUCAAUAUCAUAUUGUGUAUUUCAAUUGCUAAUCAGCUUUAUUGAAGUAAAAGAAAGCAUUUGAUUAUUACAUAACUAAAACCUUUUUUAUUUUUUUCAUCUACCCUCAAUAGAUUGAUGGUUUGUUUUUCAUUCUAAACUCUCUCUCGUGUUUCCUUCUACUCUGCAAUUUAACAUAUGUAAAGAAUAAGAAAAUCGUCAAUUGCAAUGGCGAAUUGGAAAAGGAUGAUGCAUCCCGUAAAAAAAGUAUGGAAGGGUGUUACUGUGCGACUAAAGUUUCGCAAGAGAGGGAUUAGUAAAUUGAAACAAGAUGUGAGAGCUUCCAAGUACAAUGAUGUUCACGUUAUGUGGGAUAUGCUAAAAGAAAAUCAAGUAGAAGUCUCGAAGACGGACAAAGCUGGUCAUAUUUGGAAACAAUGUGGCUAACCCCCCCCUAUGGGUGAGGGUCAUCUCCUAAUUAUAUGAACCUAUUGGCUUCAAUGCACUUGCAAUCCUUUUCAUAGGUCUCAUCAUAUGCUUUGGGGGCUCUCUAGGUACUUCUUGUAUGGAUAAACAGAUCCUUUUAGCAUGCUCAAUUGCCUUUUGUCAAGGUCUCUCAAUGUUUUAUUCUUUUGGAU